CCUGAUCUUUUCUCGCUCUUUCUUCGUCUACUUUUACAGCACAUGUGUGUUAUUACAAGAAACUUCUCAGAUAUGGGCUGAUAAUAAUUGUUAUGAGCCCGCAUUAUAAUUUUUUAUCAAACACUUUUUAUGCGCGUUACUUUCGUCCUGUGCGUCGAUGUUUAUCCAGCUGCUGGCCGUGCUUGUGAAAAAGUGCAACCUGAUUGGCAGCGGUUAUUUGAAAAUGAGGCCGCUGAUUGGCUGGUACUCGCCUUUCAUGAUUUAAAAUGUGAGUGCUGAUUUCUGCUUUCACACAACAACAAAAAAAUCUUCUUUAUGGCUCUAUGACCCAAGAUUGCUGCUUCAGAUUAAAACCUCCAGCAUUGCGGCAGAAAAAUGUGCCAGUAGUAUUAUAACACAACAGAUCAAUUUCAUGAGAUACUGAAAUAUUUGAAAUGCAGCUGUGUGCAUUCAUAUGCAAAGCUGCAGUAAGGCUACAACCUACAGGAAAGAAAUGUCACAAUUACAUUUACAUUUUUACAUUUGAUGUAAAAAUGACACUUUUAUCCAAAGCCACUUACAAACAAACCAAUAAUAGGGCAACGAUAGUGGUGCUGUGUGACCCAGUUAGUCUAGCACAGUACAAGUAACAAGUUUAUAUAUAUAUAUAUAUAUAUAUAUAUAUAUAUACAGAAUAGUAAGUGUUAGUAUUAAUGGGUCAAGUGUUGACCAAAAAAAAAAGUCUUUAGCAGUUUCUUGAAAAUGGCUGAAGACUCGGAUGAGUUAGGCAGGUCAUUCCACCAGCAGUAAACAGUCAAGGUAAAGGUCUGUGAAAGUGAUUUUGUGCCUCUUUGGGAUGGCACCACAAGGUGCCGUUCACUUGCAGAAUGCAAGCUUCUGGAGGGCACAUAAGUCUGAAGUAGUGAGUUUAGGUUUAGGGGUGCAGAGCCAGUGGUUGUUCUGUAGGCAAACAUCAGUGCCUUGAAUUUGAUGCAAGCGGCUAUUGGCAACCAGUGCAAGUUUAUGAAAAGAUGUGUGAUGUGCGCUCUCUUCGGCUCUUUAAAGACCACUCUUGUUGCUGCAUUCUGGAUCAGUUGCAGAGGUUUGACAGUACAUGCCAGAAGGCCUGCCAAGAGAGCAUUACAAUAGUCCAGUCUGGUUAGAACAAGAGCUUGGACUAGGAGUUGUGUAGCAUGAUCUGAUAUAGGAAAGGAAAUUGAUCUCUUUAGUUUCUCAUGUGUUUAUCCUAGAUAGCAAUGACAUUAUUGCAGAGUAAACUUUAUUUAUUGAUUGAUUUUUUUAUUUUUUAUUAUUUAUUCAUUUAUUUGUUUAUGUUUAUUUAAAUAACCUUUAUGUGUAUGAUAGCAACAAAAAAAAUAGAGAAAAAUAGGCACUUGCUAGAUGAGGAAACAGGGCUACAAGGAUGUUACUCACAACCAUCAAUCUUUUGUUGGUGAUGUCUGAUUAAUGCUGCUGUCCGUCUGGGCACAUCCCAAAGGAAACUGACACAGGCCAGUGACAUCACAGAAUGAGAAAUAGGACCUAAGGCUCAAUCUGAUGAAACACCGAACAUGCCAUAACUAGCAAACAGGGAAGUUACACACGCAAACGUGAUUAAUGACAAUAAUUAACCUCUGUAAACGUUAAAAACUGAAUUUAUAAUAUAAAAGUGACAUUUAAAAUGACAUUAUGGCUCUAUUGCCCACAUAACCAACUGUCUAUAUAGGCUAUAGAACAUCCUAUUUGAAUAUCCAAAUUAGAUUUAAAGUAAUGUUUCGGGUCAAAUAAAAGUUAAUCUCUAUGUUUCCUCACACCUUCAUUUAUGACCAACUCAGUAAAAUACAUGCCUCAGCUGUUCAUCCAUGACUCACAGUCUAGCCAUUGAGCCCACAUGUCUGUAAGCUCCUACAUCUCCCAUCAUGCCUUGUUGAGACUCAGUAUUACUGGAGAAUAGCAUCAGUAGUGCUGCUGUGCUCAGACUGGCUGGUGAUUGAUCACACUUGUAAGGGAGAGAAGGAACAGAAAACAGGGAAUGAGACGAGAGAAGGAAAGACUGCAGGGUGAAAGAAGGAUUCGUUGUGGCAGUCAGAUGAGUGUCUCCACGCUCAGAUGAAUUCUGUGGUCGGUGCUCUCCAGGAGCUCAAACUCUUGCAGGUCCAGACUGCGCUGGAGGAGCUGGAGUUCUCUAGCAAAACCAGCCAGGCCUCUCCAUACACCAGCUUGAUGCUCGAUCAGAUAGAUCACGGUUCAAGAAAAUCCCACCUGGACCGAACACGAAAUCCAGAAGAAAUUCUUUCACAAGAAUGUUUCAAGACUGAGCUUACCAUGGAACCAUCUUUGUUCCUCACUAGCUCUCCAGCAGAGAACCGCCCUAUUCCCAGGUUACACAAACCCAAGGCAGUUCACAGAGGAAGUCUAAGCACUUCUUCCUCUUUUUCCUCUCAGGAAGACACAAUCGACAGCCAUUUCUCCUCAUACGAUAUUGACGACUCCAGCGAUUGGACAGCCUCACUGAUGAACCACAGCAGAAACAGACAACCAUUGGUGUUGGGAGACAAUGUUUUUGCUGAUUUGGUCGGGAACUGGCUGGAUCUGCCGGAUGUUGGACGCCAGACUGCAGGUGAGGAGCAGAAUGACUCAAGGCUCAAAGACACACUUCUGGAGUCAUCAUCUAGCAGUCACUCUCAAGAUCUCUCCAGGAAACUCUCGCUAACCGCUAGCAUCUUCAAACGUGUGCUACGCCGCGUUCGACCACGGCACCACCAAGAAAGCGAAGGGAUGGAUGUAUGUAAACAACCAAAGAUCGCAUACAGAAAGCCAAAAUCAGAUGUCAGCAAGCCAUUCUGGGUGAGAACAAGAGGACUGAAGAAGAAAACCACACCCACUCAGCAAGUGGGUGUGACCUAUCAGGGCUCAGAGGGUUUGAAUCAUACACCACCUGUGUAUGAUUACAGCUCGGGUGUGUGGGUUUAAAUGACUGGUAUAACUCUAUAUGGAAGAGAUUGUUACACAUAUUAUUAGUGGCUGUUAGACACAAUUAGUGGACUUUAUGAUCAUAAUUGUUGUAAAAGCAAAAUAUUGUUCAACAUGAUGUUGCCUUCAAGUACAACCGGGAAACUUGUUCCUCCGAGUAGGGUGUUCGUUAUUACGACGUCACGCAUUCAAGUCGGAAACAUACUGAAGUAGUCUAAACAAAACAAAAAUUUUUUACUGUAAACAAUAAACCCAAAUAACAACAUAUAAAUUCAAAAAUCAUUAAUUUUUUUCAUUUAUUCUUUGUAUCACAACUAAAUGUGACGUAAACCCUGAAAGUUGAGUGAUAAACCUUUUGCUACAGAUUUGCUGCUCACUGAUCUCUCUAUAUAGAGAGAAUAUUAUAUCAUAUCUGUAUUGUAGAUCUGUUUCUGUGUCAAUUUCACCAUCACAACUCGUGUAUCAUCUAGAAUUUUACAAGUUUCCCACAUGACUCUGCUCAGUCAUUCAUGUGCUUGGAACUCAUAAUUAUGAUAUUUCCAACUCAACUUGAAGAGCACGAGUUUCUGAGCAAUUAAAGGGUUAGUUCACCCAAAAUUGAAAUUUCUGUCAUUAAGUACUCACCCUCGUGCCGUAAGACCUUCGUUCAUCUUCGGAACACAAAUGAAGAUAUUUUUGCUGAAAUCCAAGAGGUUUUUUUUAUCCCCCAUAGAAAGCAAUGUAAUUACCAUCAUUCAAUGUCCAGAAAAGUAGUAAAGACAUCAUUAAAAUAGUCAUCGUGACUACAGUGGUUCAACCUUAAUUUUAUGAAGCGACGAGAAUACUUUUUGUGCACAAAAACAAAACAAAAAAAAACUUUAUUCAACAAUCUCUUCUCUUCCCUGUCAGUCUCCUACGCAAUUGACGCAGUGCAGCGUUUCCGUGUUUACGUCCGAACGCCGGCUCAGUAUUGGCCGGUUCCUGCAUCAGCAUUACACGCAUGCGUCGUGGUGCUCAAAUGAACAGCGUCGGCCAAUUCAAAUUUCAUUUUUGGGUAAAUUAACCCUUUAAAGUAAAAAAAUUGAGGUAAGAUCCUUCUCCACUCAGAAGCACUCAAGAAGCUAUUAAUUCCAAAGAUAUAUUAGGUUAACACUUCUUGGAUGUGUUUUUGCGUGUGUGUGUUGGAGACGUGAGCAUGGCAGAGCAAAGAAAAAUAUUAAGUCACGUUGUGUUGGCAUCAAAAAGCUGCUGUUUCUGUUUGGUCCCUUGAGUCUCAAUGCUGUUUCUGCUGAUGUUUGUUUCCAUCUCUUUAGGUUUAGGCGGAUGGCUAACUGUCAAUCACUGUGAAAAAGUCCUGAUUGGUGCAUUUUUUCACAACUGUCUUGCAUUAUUUAAAAAAAAAGCUGUUUUGUGUUUGACAGAAAAACUAUGCAAUGAUGCUACACUGCUAUGCAAAAAUGAAAAACUGAACAAAUGCAAAUACCUGCCUGUUUUAUCAGCACCUUCAUGUUCUGUCAUCUGUAAUAGAUAUAUAAAACACAUGGCUGUGAGUCCUGCAAUAAUCUCUUUACCCGUUCUGAAAGCUAUUCAAUACAUGAUGUAACGUGGGAUGUUUUUUUAAAUAAAUAAAAAAAAAAAAAAAUCCUGUAUGAGUACGUUUUAAAAGCGGACAUAAAAGUCUUACAUCAGGAAUGUCUGCCUUUAUCAUGACCUUUAUCAUUUCCUCACAUUACUCUUUAUGAAUUAAGAAACACUUGUGCUGUUUUCUGCAUUUAAUACAACAUGUAAUCUGUUGUGCAGCAAGUAUGAAUCACUUAUGUCGUUGCAUUCAUUAUUUGUAAGGUGCUUUGUAUAAAAGUGUAAGAUUAGUGGAAUUAUUUACAUGGGUUAGUGCUGUGUCUUUAUAUACGGUACAUAAAGUGAGCUAUGCUGAAAAAAACUGCUAACAAGUAUCUCUGCAAUAGUCUAUGUUGGUGAGGAAUGGCAAUCUAUGAAUGAACAUAAAACACUACGUCAAUAUGAAAUACAUUUAUUUAAAUCAAUGUCAAUCAAAAAAAAAAAAAAAAAAAAAAUCAAA